GUGGCGUGGGUUGCGGUGCUAGUCUACGUCACCCAGGUCCUCGCCCAGCGUGGCUGUGAUCCGAGUUGCGACGGGUUGGUUCCCGGGACUUUAGUAGCGGAUCGUUACGACUGUACUCGGUAUUACAUCUGUGUAAACAACAAUGAACCCGUCAAUGCGCUUUGUCCGGCUGGUACAUCCUUCAACGCAACAGCUCCAAUCUGUACUGGUACCCUACCAUGUAACAAUAACUGCACGCUACCACCUUGCAGCACAGAAUGCAUCACAGAACCGGACUCGUUUAAUGACCCAAAGGAUUGCAGCACCUAUUACAUUUGCAUUGGCGGUAGCCCUCAGGGGCCCUUCAAAUGUCCCGCAAACACUCCUUAUUAUAACAGCGAAAAAGGGGUCUGCGAUACGACACCAUCCGGCUGCUGUAGGGACCCAUGUGCUGCCUUUUGCACGAAUGGGCAAUUGCUUACCCGAGACCCCUACGACUGUCACAAGUUCUACAAAUGCGUGACCGCAGGACCAGCUGACGAGACGUAUCACUUAACAUGCGCUUCAGGAUCCAACUUUGACGUUGUAGCGGAUACCUGUCUACCCGGUGCCGUUUGUGACACACUGUGUGAUGCUUCCCAGCCAAUCACAACAACGGCCACUCCUGAGUGCAAGGAUUCAAUGACGUGUACGUCAGUGGGCUUCUUCCCCAAGUGUACGUCGUGUGACCAGCACUACUUUGAGUGUGAGUACGUCAACCAGAUAGCCACCGUUAAUACCUGUGAAGGAGACAAAGUCUUUAACCCGGACCCCGCCUACCCUCACUGUAUCUCUCCCACUGCAUGCCCUUUCAACCCAUCGUUCAGAGCCCCCGAACCUCCGCUCUAA